AGUCUAACCGCAGCUCUCCUCUCUCUCAUUCAUGCUGAUCGCUGCUGUCCUGUGCGCACGGAACUGCAGAGCUGAGCUUCGAAACCGGUGCUGCUGCUGCUGCUGCUGCUGCUGCUGUCUGUCUGACAAACCCGCCGGGAAUGGAAAUGUCUUCUGCUGCAACUCUGACACCUUAAAAAGACAAAACAUGCCAAGGAGGACGAACACGAAGGGAGGUUUGAUCAGGCCGGUGGCGGAUGAGGCUGAAGAUCAGGGCUUGAGGUUGUAAAAACAACAGCGGCGCAAGGAGGACAAAAAAAAGACUGAGGAAGCCGAUUGCUUGGAAACUCUUCUUUCGUAUCAUCAUACCCUGCAGUCCUAAAAGGCACCGACUGACCCUGCAGAGGAUUACGCACUCAAAAAUACACACCAACACCCACUCGCUCACACCUUCCUCUCACCGCCAUGUCCUCCCACCUCAACCCAUCUCUUCUCAUCCCCCCCAUCCUCUUCCUCCUCCUCUCCCUGUCCAUGCCCUCCACCUCCACUCCCUCCUCCACUCCCUCCUCCUCCUCCUUCCUCCUCUCCUUCCUCCCACCGGAGGGAGGCCUCACACAUUUGGUGGUUCACAACCAAACGGGCGAGGUCUACCUGGGCGCCGUCAACUGGAUCUACAAGCUGUCGAGCAACCUGACCAAGCUGCGGAGCCAUGUCACUGGCCCAGUCACUGACAACCCUCGCUGUUACCCUCCGCCCGGUGUCCAGUCCUGCCCUCACGAGCUGGUGCAGACCUCUAAUGUCAACAAGCUCCUGCUACUUGAUGCUGCCCACAACCGCCUGAUUGCCUGUGGGAGCACCUCCCAGGGAAUUUGCCAGUUCCUGCGUCUGGAUGAUUUGUUCAAGCUGGGCGAGCCCCACCACCGCAAAGAGCAUUAUCUGUCCAGCGUCGCCGAGGCAGGCACCAUGUCGGGUGUUGUGAUCUCCCCGGAUCUUUUUGGUGGAGGUGGGAAGCUUUUUGUCGGGACCCCCAUCGACGGGAAAUCGGAGUACUUCCCAACGCUGUCCAGCCGCAAGUUGAUGUCCAACGAGGAGAACGCCGACAUGUUCAGCUUCGUCUACCAGGACGAGUUUGUCUCCUCGCAGCUGAAGAUUCCCUCAGACACGCUCUCCAAGUUCCCGGCGUUCGACAUCUACUACAUCUACGGCUUCAACAGUGAGCAGUUUGUGUAUUAUCUUACCCUACAGCUCGACACCCAGCUCACCUCGCCGGACGCGAGCAGCGAACAGUUCUUCACCUCUAAAAUUGUGCGCCUAUGUGUCGACGAUCCGAAGUUCUACUCCUACGUGGAGUUCCCCAUCGGCUGCACCAAGGACGGAGUGGAGUACCGCUUGGUUCAGGAUGCUUAUUUGGCCCGGCCGGGGACCCGUUUGGCCCGCUCGCUUGGUAUUCAAGAGCACGAGGAGGUUCUGUUUACCGUAUUCGCCCAGGGUCAGAAGAACCGAGCCAAGCCGCCCAAGGAGUCGGCUUUGUGUCUGUUCACAAUGAGACGGAUAAAGGAGAAGAUUAAGGAGAGGAUUCAGUCGUGCUACAGAGGAGAGGGGAAACUCUCCCUGCCCUGGCUGCUCAACAAGGAGCUGGCCUGCAUCAACUCGCCACUGCAGAUAGACGACAACUUCUGCGGCCAGGACUUCAACCAGCCUCUAGGGGGCACCACCGCCAUCGAGGGCAUCCCGCUCUACGUGGACAAGGACGACGGCAUGACCUCCGUGGCGGCCUACGACUACCGCGGGCACACCGUGGCGUUCACUGGCACCCGCGGUGGACGCAUGAAGAAGAUCCUGGUGAACUCCAUCACCCAGCCUGCCUUGCUGUAUGAGAACGUGGCGGUGAACGACGGGAGCCCCAUCCUGAGAGACAUGCUCUUCAGCCCGGAUCACCAGUACUUAUACGCCCUCACCGAUAAGCAGGUCACCCGUGUACCGGUGGAGAGCUGUGAGCAGUACAGCUCCUGUGGAGCCUGCCUGGGAUCAGGGGACCCUCACUGUGGCUGGUGUGUGCUCCAUAAUGUAUGUUCAAGGAAGGAUCGCUGCGAACGAGCAGAGGAGCCUCAGCGUUUCACCACCAGAGCGGAGCAGUGCGUCCGACUCUCCGUCCAACCCGACACCGUCUCCGUCACCAUGUCGGAAGUGCAGUUGUCACUUCAGACGCAGAAUGUUCCCAGUCUGGCUGCUGGAGUGAACUGCUCCUUCGAGGACUAUGUAGAGACAGAAGGACGCAUCUAUGGUGGACGGAUCUUCUGCCUGUCCCCUUCUACAAAAGCCGUGUCCCCCAUCACACGAGACCAAGGUGACCAACGUGUUAUAAAGUUGUAUCUGAAGUCGAAGGAGACGGGGAAGAAGUUUGCCAGCGUGGACUUUGUCUUCUACAACUGCAGCGUCCACCAAUCGUGCCUGUCCUGCGUCAACGGGAACUUCCCCUGCCACUGGUGCAAAUAUCGCCACAUGUGCACGCAGGACGCCAGCGACUGCUCCUUCCAGGAGGGACGAGUCAACACCUCGGAGGAGUGUCCUCAGAUCCUGCCCUCCACCCAGAUCUACAUGCCCGCCGGAGUCCUGAGGCCGAUCACGCUGCUGGCCCAGAACCUGCCCCAGCCGCAGUCCGGACAGAGGAACUAUGAGUGCAUCUUCCACAUCCAGGGCAGCACGCACAGCGUCCCGGCUCUGAGGUUCAACAGCACCAGCAUACAGUGUCAGAAGACAACGUACGACUACGAGGGCGGUGACAUCAGUGACCUACCGGUCGACCUCUCCGUGGUGUGGAAUGGAAACUUCGUGAUCGACAACCCGUUCAACAUUCAAGCCCACCUGUACAAGUGCAGAGCGUUGCGGGACAGCUGUGGCAUGUGCCUGAAGGCCGACCCCAGGUUUGAAUGCGGUUGGUGCGUCCAGGACAGGAAGUGCUCCCUCAGGCAGGAGUGCAACGGUGGAGGACAUUUCCACCUCCCGCUGCAGCUGGCGGAAGGCGGAGGAUGGAUGCACGCCACCUCUGGAAACAGCCGCUGCACCCACCCCAAGAUCACUAAGUUGUUCCCGGAGACGGGGCCUCGCCAAGGGGGAACCAGGGUGACCAUCCUGGGGGAGAACCUGGGUCUGCAGUUCAGCGACAUCCAGAUGGGGGUCAGGCUGGGCAAGGUACCCUGCGUGCCUAUUGAGGAGGAGUACGUGAGCGCAGAGAGAAUAGUGUGUCUGCUGAACGACGCCACCAGCUACAGGGUCCAAGAAGCUCAGGUUGAGGUGUGUGUGAGGGACUGCGUCAACGAAUACAGAGCCCUGUCUCCCAGGCCAUUCACCUUUGUGACUCCGUUCUUCAGCCGCAUCCAGCCAUCUCAGGGGCCCAUUUCCGGGGGCACCCGGGUCACCAUCGAGGGAAGCUACCUGAACGCGGGCAGCUACGUGUCUGUCAGCAUAGGACCGCAGCCCUGCUACUUCAAAAAGAGGAACGCCCGGGAGAUAGUGUGCGUUACACCAGCCGGAUUAGCAGCAGGCAGUGCAUCCGUCUUUGUGGACAUCGACGACGCUGAGCUGCGAAACCCUGAGGUCAAGUUUAACUACACCGACGACCCCACGGUGCUGAGGAUCGAGCCUGACUGGAGCAUUGCCAGUGGUGGGACUCUGCUGACGGUGAGCGGGACCAACCUCGCAACCAUCCGAGAACCAAAGAUCAGGGCCAAGUAUGGGCAGGCGGAAUCCUUUCAUAACUGUACGGUGUACAACAACUCCGUCAUGGUGUGCCUGGCUCCGUCGGUGGCCGACUCGGAGCUGGGUUUUUCCGAGACCGGCACGGGGCCGGAUGAGAUCGGGUUCUACAUGGACAACGUGAAUGCUCUGGUGGUGGUCAACGAGACCUUCAGCUACUAUCCCGACCCCGUGUUUGAGCCGCUCAGUGCCUCUGGGAUACUGGAGCUCAAGCCCACGUCGCCGCUCAUUCUCAAGGGCCGUAACCUGAUCCCAGCGGCUCCAGGUAACAGUCGCCUCAACUACACGGUGCUGAUUGGCGAGACUCCCUGCGUCCUCACCCUGUCGGAGAGCCAGCUGCUGUGCGAAUGGCCCAACCUCACCGGACAGCACAAAGUCACGAUCCGUGCUGGUGGGUUCGAGUACUCCCCCGGGACUCUUCACAUCUACUCGGACAGCCUGCUGACGCUUCCUGCCAUUAUCGGCAUCGGCGGGGGUGGUGGCCUGCUUCUGUUGGUCAUCAUCGCCGUCCUGAUCGCCUACAAGAGGAAGUCAAGGGACGCUGACCGCACUUUGAAACGUCUGCAGCUCCAGAUGGACAACCUGGAGUCCAGAGUGGCCCUGGAGUGUAAAGAAGCUUUUGCUGAGCUUCAGACGGACAUCCACGAGCUGACCCAGGAGCUGGACGGUGCUGGGAUUCCCUUCCUGGACUAUCGGACAUAUGCAAUGAGGGUCCUGUUCCCGGGAAUUGAGGACCACCCUGUGCUCAAGGAGAUGGAGGUACGGGUCCAGGCCAAUGUGGAGAAGGCUCUGACGCUGUUUGGACAGCUGCUGACGAAGAAGCACUUCCUGUUGACGUUCAUACGAACCCUGGAGGCACAGAGGUCAUUUUCAAUGCGGGACCGAGGCAAUGUGGCGUCUCUCAUCAUGACAGCCCUGCAGGGGGAGAUGGAGUACGCCACCGGAGUCCUGAAACAGCUGCUGUCCGACCUGAUAGACAGAAACCUGGAGAGCAAAAACCAUCCCAAGCUGCUGCUCAGGAGAACGGAGUCUGUCGCAGAGAAGAUGCUGACCAACUGGUUUACGUUCCUCUUGUAUAAGUUCCUCAAGGAAUGUGCCGGGGAGCCUCUGUUCAUGCUCUACUGUGCCAUCAAGCAGCAGAUGGAGAAGGGGCCCAUAGACGCCAUCACGGGAGAAGCCCGCUACUCCCUCAGCGAGGACAAGCUCAUCAGGCAACAGAUUGACUACAAAACACUGACGUUGCACUGCGUGAACCCAGAGAAUGAGAACGCCCAAGAGGUGACGGUCAAGUGUCUGAACUGUGACACCAUCACUCAGGUCAAAGAGAAGCUGCUCGAUGCUGUGUAUAAGGGCAGCCCCUAUUCACAACGGCCCAAGGCCUCCGACAUGGACCUGGAAUGGCGUCAAGGUCGCAUGGCCAGAAUCAUUCUGCAGGAUGAAGACGUCACAACUAAGAUCGACAAUGACUGGAAACGACUCAACACGCUGGCUCACUAUCAGGUGACAGACGGCUCCGUGAUCGCCCUGGUGCCGAAGCAGAACUCUGCCUAUAACAUCUCCAACUCCUCCACCUUCACCAAGAGCCUCAGUAGAUACGAGAGUAUGCUGAGGACGGCCAGUAGUCCAGACAGCCUACGAUCACGAACCCCCAUGAUAACCCCUGACCUGGAGAGUGGAACUAAAUUGUGGCAUCUUGUGAAGAACCACGACCAUUCGGACCAGAGGGAGGGCGACCGAGGCAGCAAGAUGGUCUCUGAGAUCUACCUGACACGGCUGCUCGCUACAAAAGGUACGCUACAGAAGUUUGUGGACGACCUGUUUGAGACCAUCUUCAGCACGGCCCACAGAGGCAGCGCCCUGCCGCUCGCCAUCAAGUACAUGUUCGACUUCCUGGACGAGCAGGCCGACAAGCACUCCAUCACAGACUACGACGUACGGCACACCUGGAAGAGCAACUGUCUUCCUCUGCGGUUCUGGGUGAACGUCAUCAAGAACCCCCAGUUUGUAUUUGACAUCCACAAGAACAGCAUCACGGACGCCUGUCUGUCCGUGGUGGCCCAGACCUUCAUGGACUCCUGUUCAACGUCAGAGCACAAACUGGGGAAAGACUCACCUUCAAAUAAGCUUCUCUACGCUAAAGACAUCCCCAACUACAAGAACUGGGUGGAGAGGUAUUACUCCGACAUCUCCCGAAUGCCAGCCAUCAGCGAUCAGGACAUGAGUGCCUACCUUGCGGAGCAGUCCCGCCUGCACCUCAGCCAGUUCAACAGCAUGUCGGCGCUGCACGAGAUCUACUCCUACAUUAUCAAAUACAAAGACGAGGUGAGGGAGCAGCGCGUGUGCAGUGUCACUUCACUUGUUGUGACUGAUACCGAGAGGUCAUUUUAAUUCAAUUACACUGAUACUCAGUCCACGUUGGCCUGGAAGGUAUCACCGCCAUUAGGAUGCACAAUUAAGGCGUGAGCUUAACACAUUAUGGAGGUAAUGGCGCUUCAUUAGGAGAGACCUGCUUGCACCGUAUCCUACAGCUGCUGCUGCUUGAUUAAAGCGUACAUUUACAGGAGUGUGUGUGUGUGUGUGUGUGUGUGUGUGUGUGUGUGUGUGCAGGUUUCAUCUUUUAAAGGAACACUUCGACAUUUUGAGAAAGGCGCUUACUGACCUUCUUGUUGUAAGUUAGAUACAGAGAUCGAUACCACUCCCCUUUCUGAAGGCUAGAAAUGAAGCUACAGCCAGCGGAGACACUGUGUGGUUGCCAGGCAACCAGCAUAGUCUCUAGGUAGUUAACAAGCGCAUAACAGAGAAGCUAUGUGUUAUGAAGGACAUUAAGAACUUGCUGUUUGAAGGAUUUGAACCAUCGGAUCCCGUGAACAUUUCAAACACAUCGCCCUUGAGUCAUUCAUGUGUGCAACCCGUUCGCAUCCUUCAUUCAUUCAGUCAUCUGCUGGACUGUGCGUGGCCCUCCCAUCUAUUCCCCACGGCCUGUGUGAAAAGGCACAAGCUGUAAGUGCUCCUGCAUGUGGGGCACGUGGGAAUAAUGCAAAUCAGUGGCGGUGCCUGAAAGGUCAUCCAGGUGAUGUUCCAGGAACUACGUGUGAAAGAGGCUCAAUAGUUAGAAGAGAAGGUUGAUGCCACUUACACAUCUGUCCUGUUAAACUACCAAAGAGGAAAAACAUCAAUUUGGGGGUCUUCAUUUUCUUGGCCAGGCGCCAGGACAAGUCUCGUGAAAAAGUCGCUGCACUGGUUCAUACAUACGUGGGUACGGAAAGUAUUCAGACCCCUUUCAAUUUU